AUGCCGGUCACCCAGAGACUGCGGGAGCUGAUGAAGAAGGCCCGGCGGGAGAUGAGUGGGAAAGGGAAACUGGCCAAGCUGCUGGCUGGCGCUGUCAAGAAGGUGCUGCCGCAGAAGGCCAAGUUCGAAACCACCCGCAAGACCUUCACUGAGAAGAUCCGCAGCAAGUUCAGGCACAUGAACUCCCCCGCCAAGGCUGCCGGACACCAGUGCAGCCCUGAGGAGCAGCAGCGAGUCGAGCAGGGUAAGUACCGCGGGCUCGGUGGGGACGGGAUCCCUGCACCCCAGAAGGUGCUCUUCCCCGUGGAGCGCCUGUCCCUGAAGUGGGAGAAGGUGCACCGGAUCGGCGCGGGACUGCGCAACCUUGGGAACACGUGUUUCCUCAACUCCACCGUGCAGUGCCUGACCUACACCCCGCCGCUCGCUAACUACCUGCUCUCCAAGGAGCACAGCAGCACCUGUGACCAAGGCAGCUUCUGCAUGAUGUGUAUCAUGCAGAACCAUGUCACGCAGGCCUUUGACAACAGCGGGAGCGUGAUAGAGCCAAUGGCCUUCGUCCGAGACCUCAAGAAGAUCGCUCGGCACAUGCGCUUUGGUCAGCAGGAGGAUGCGCAUGAAUUCCUGCGUUACACCAUCGACGCUAUGCAGAAGUCCUGCCUGAGCGGCUGCACCAGGUUGGAUUGCGAGACCCAGGCAACAACAUUGGUCCACCAGAUCUUUGGCGGUUACCUGCGGUCCCGUGUGGAGUGUUUGGUGUGCAAGAGCGUCUCGGACACGUACGACCCUUUCCUGGACCUGGCACUGGAGAUCUGGCAAGCCAGAGACCUACUGGAGGCGCUGGAGCUGUUCGUGAAGCCAGACCUGCUGGGUGGCGAGAACUCCUACCUGUGCGCAGGAUGCAACAACAGAGUGUCGGCCACCAAACGCUUCAGCAUCCACCGACCCUCCAACGUCCUCACGCUCUCACUGAAGCGGUUCUUCUUCUACGGUGGACAGAAACUCACAAAGGACUUGGCGUACCCUGAGUUUCUGAACAUCCGCCCAUAUAUGUCUAAGAACAAGGGGGAUCCUGUCAUGUAUGGGCUCUAUGCAGUGCUGGUGCACUCUGGGUAUAGCUGCCAUGCAGGGCACUACUACUGCUACGUGAAGGCCAGCAACGGGCAGUGGUACCAGAUGAACGACAGCAUGGUCCGCUGCAGCAACAUCAAUGCAGUGCUGAACCAGGAGGCCUACCUGCUGUUCUAUGUGAGAAUCCCCGGCCCAGAGAAGAGCUUGGACGGGCCCAUUGCCAGAGCUGCCUCCAAGCUGACUGUCUGCAAUGGCACAGUCUCCAAAGAGGCGAAGAAAACUGUGAGCCACAGGCCCCUGUUUCCAUCCCUGAGACGCAGCGUGCUGCCAGAGAAGAAGGGGCCGGGGCCGGAGGAGGUCGGGGUGCCCGUGGACCGCAGGACAUUGAGCACGAGACCAGAGCUGCAGAACGGGACCGCCCCGGAGAAGCUGCCCGUCACAUCGCUGGGAACCCAAGAGGCCUUCAAAGCCACCUGUGCGGGCACAGCGCUGCCCAGUGCCACAGCCCAGAGCCCAGAGCCUCCCAGGUCCACGUCACCCCUGGGCUCCAGCAACACCAGCGGAGCAAGCUCAGCCAAAGCACAUCAUCCUCGGCAGAGCUCCUGGGAGGAAAGGAUGCCACCUGCCCAGGCCACAUCCCCAGUGCUGCUGGGCCUCACCCAGCAGCCCGGGAGCACUGGGGUUAGAGCCCAUGACUUGGAGGAGGACUCGGGAAGCAGCAGUGCUGCCAGCCCAGCGCCUGGUGCAGUGGGGAAGCCGGACACAGUUUCCCAGGAGGCCAGGAGCAGAACCAGCAGCUCCUGCAGCUCUCGGGAGACAGAGCGUGGCACCGACAUCCCUGCUGCCCCCGGUGCCGCGCCGGCUGACCCCGCAGCCGUCAGGUGCAUCAAGGCGAAAUCCCCCUGGUCGGCCAGUGCUGCUGCAGGGCAGAGCAGCAGCAUAUCACCACCACCGGCCAAGAAGCUGGCGCCCUCUGGCAGAAAGGGCUGGAAGCUGCACAGAAGUGCCCACCACGCGCAGGCUCGCGUGCGAGUUGCUGGCAGCAACUUCCCACCAAACACCGGCUGCCCCGACUCAGCUCUCCUGCCUUUGGGCACGUGCAGCGCGGAGAAGGAGCCCAGCCUGCUCACCGCCGACUCCUUCACGAAGAAACGGCGGCAUGAGGCAGUCAGCAGCCUCGGCACUGCAGCAGGCGAGGACGAGGUCUCCAUCCCACCUAAGAAAAAGAAGAACCUUCUUGCUGCGGAGGCCUCGGUGUCCCUGGAGGGGCUGGAGGCAGCAGGUCCCAGCAGUGACAGGGAGGCACCGGGCUCUCAGGCCCUUGAGAGCUGGCUCAUGUCAUCCCCCCCUGCUCACCCGGACUGGGAGCCCAGCUCUGCCCCAAGGAGGGAAAAGAAGAGGAGGAGGAAGAUGAGCAGCACUAGGCAGAUGCAUGGAUCUUGGCAGCAGACAGCCAAGCUGGAGACGGGUACAGGCGCUGCCCUGCUACCAGGAGGCCUGCGCCUGACCGUGGGGCUGGCACAGCACCAACGAGCCAGCCAGAGUCCACAGUGGUGCAGCAGCUGCUUGUAGACUCCUUGGACAAGGCUUAUGG